AUGGCGUCCGUAUCGUCUGUAUCUGUAUCAGGGCAGGGGCAACAUUCUUUCCGGUUCUACUGGGCGCUGUGUAAUUCGACGUUGGAUCGCCUCAAUCGCCUCGGUGAAUAUUGCAAGCUGGCAAGCGACAAGAUAAAAGCUGUUGUCUAUAAGCAAGUACAAGAUCAAGAUGAGGAAAAGAAAAUAGAAGAUAAAGUUUCAGAACUGGCUGAAACUAUCAAGAUAUAUGCAGUUAAAGAACCUGAUAAAUAUUCUUCAAUAAACGAUAUGCUUAAAACAGAUUUAUUUAAUGAUACAAUGCCAGAAAAAGAUGAGAAUAUUUGGAACAAAGAUAUAGAUACAGCCAAUUUAUUUUCAAAUGCAGAUAACCUGGCUGAUCAAAAGAAUGAAGAAGAUAUGUUAAGUAUUGUGGAAAGUAUUGUGACAGCAAAACUGGAAGCUGAAUUUUGUAUAAAUAAGGAGUAUAAAGAUCAAUCAAAUACAUCAGAGAACAAUACCAAAGAUAUCGUACAGGACACAAUAUGUACAAAUCUUUCCGAGUCACAAAAAAUUAAUGAAGACACAAAAGAGCCAAAAUUAAUAAAACAUUUUGAUGGUAAUAAUAACGAUUCCAAAUCAGUAACACUUUGUAUGUCAAAAGUAAACAAUGAACAAAAUUCAACUUGCAAAAUAGCUGAUGUAGAAAGCAGUAAAGCUUCAACAGAAGCAAAUGAUAAAGAUGGAUAUGUAAAAAAUAAUAUUACAAAAACAAGUGUUAAGACUGGAAGUAAUACAAAUUUAAUUAAAGACAAUGAAAAACCUUCCGCAUACAAUCCUAGUAGUAGCGAUUCUAAGAAAACAAUUUCUAAUUCAUCAAAGUUACUGAGUACUACUGAUAAAAAUGGAAGGGAUCACUUUAAUAAUAAGCAUAAAGCAAAAAAUACUACAUGCAUAAGGAAACAAGAAUUUGUAAAACAACGCAAUGUUUCAAGAAAUGGAACAGAAAAGGAGAUAAAAAAGUCAAACUCAGUGAAAACAGAUUUUGAGACAACUGAUAUAGUAUGUCAAAGUAAAAAUUUAAACAAAGAUAAAACUUUACCAAAACACACAAAACAAUUUCCAUCAAAAUUAAAAGGUCAAGAGUCUUUUAAAAAGAAUGCAUCUACGUCUAACUUUUCUGAUGAUAAAAAUAAAAUUGAGAAAUCAAUACAUGUAUCAGGAAAUCUCAAUUCACCAUUAAAUGAAUCUGAAAGAAAGAAUGAAAAAGUUGUUAAUGAACAAAAUUUUCAAAGCGAUCAAAAAGCAAAUCGCAAUGAUUUUAGAAAAAAUACUGCAUUUGUUACGCAAUAUAAAAAUUCAACAUUCUCCAAGCCAAUGCAAAAUGUUCCGAGAACAGGACAAGCUCCAAUGUAUGGAAGAAAUUCAUCAUAUGCAUAUAAUAAUCCAAAAUUUAAUAGGAAUCGUAAUGACAGUGCCGAACAUAAAGUUAUGAAGAAAGAGCUUACAUCUACCAAUGCAUUUACAAAAUCAAAUACAGGAACUGAAAAAUUUGACACAAGCAAUUUGGAAAGUUGCACAACGCAAAAAGAAGAAAUAAUUCAACCGCCAAAUGUAAAAUCGACAAAUGUACAUGAAGUAGAUACAUUAUUGUCUAACGAUAAAAAUGAUACAAAAUCUAUAAAAGUAGAGACACAUUUAAUACAAAGUAAAGAAAAUAUGAAUAUAAGAAAUAAGGACCAAGAAUCUACAAUAUCAGAACAGUAUUGUGAAAAAAUGAAUAUCUCUAAAGUUGAUGUUGGCCAGCAACACAGAGAAACGAAUAAAGAAGAUAUCAAACCACUUAAGCAUUCGUCUAAUCUACCUUCUGAUAAAUGUGCUACAGACUCACAAACCAAUGCGAUACAUCAGUAUUCAUUAAAGCAAGAAAAUAUGCAACGCGUGAAUGAUGUAAAUCAAUUAGAAAACAGUCAAAUUACUUGGAAUCAAUCCCCUGACAACGCUAUGCAGAAAGGCGCAGCAAUUAUGAGUUUACAACAAUCUAUUCAAAAUAUGCAUUUUAAUACACAACAAACUUUUACUCAAACAGGAAAUUUAAGAGGACAGUCGUCAUGGGAAUCAAAUAAUAGCAAAUUUUAUGAUCAACAUUUCUCAGUUAAUGAUGCGAUGAGGUUGUCGCACAUUCCAAAUACUUUCAACGCAUCACCCUAUAGCAAAACACAAAUAUCAAAUGAUGAUAGGGUCACCGGUACAUCUACGCUCGAAACCACAAUGAAUAGAGAAAAUUCAAAUGUACUGUAUAGAUAUGGACCGAACAUACAGCAGAGACCUGUUAUGACUUCUGAUUUUCCUGGCCAUUCUGUGUCGUCAUGUCAGACUAACCAGUCUAGAUGGAAUUCCUCGAUACAAGACAGUUAUCACAUUGAACAUCCAUACGUUGCGACGCAACCAAUGAUGCACAUUUACAAUUCUGCAACUUUUGGUCCUGAUGAUUUUAAUAAUACAAUGGACUAUGUAUCGCAUCCAGUAAUAUAUGCACCAUCCCCAUAUAUGCAAACAUGGAAUUCACAAUUACAAUAUUCAGUGCCCGUUGUGUAUAAUUCUCCGUGUACGAAUUAUACGUUCCCUCAUCAUAAUCAGUCAAAUAAUUUUAACAGCUCUGUGAUUGAUCAGCAACAUAAACAUAAUCCUUAUAUGCAAAUGAAUAGUUAUGCUAGAGAUACAUAUCAUGAUACAAACACGUGCGCUGUACAAGCAAGAAACUCUGUCGAUAAUGUUCCGAUGAAAUCCAAUUAUUAUUACAAGAAACAUCAAGAUAAUUGUCGAACAGUUUGUGAUGUUCCUCAAUAUGUAGCAUCAGUUUCGUAUUCGAAAUCACAACAAGGUAUGAAUUAUAUGCCUGCCACAAAUCAGGGCAACACAUCAUAUUGUCCAAAUCAGAAAUAUUAUAAGCAAAAUAUGACAAAUUAUAUGAAAAAUCCGAAAGGUCAGGUACAAGAUUUUAUUUGUGAUGAUAAUGCAUCAGAAGACACUCCUCCAAUAAUAUCUCCGAAAGAAUUUGUGACGAGCAAUGUAAAUCUUUCAAAUCAAAGUGAUCAAUUUGCGACACGAGUAUUUAAACCAGAGUUCAAGAUGAGAUCAAACUCAGGAUAUCGCCCGCCACCCUCUUUACCAAGGUAUAAUGGCGGUUUUCGCAGAAAUACAACUUUUCAAGAUUUUCCGAAUGAAUAUACAUAUCCUGUUAGUAUUGGCCGUGGUACAUAUAAAACUAAAAAAACAUAAAAAUAAAUCUAGACCAAGAGUUUGAGCUAUAGUAUAAA